UGCCUCACUGGCAGGCAUGCAUGCAGGGCAGCUAUGAGUCCAGAGGAACCUUUAGGCUGAGGGAGCUCCCUGACCCUCCAUGAGAGGGUCCCAGACUGAGACCUCAGAGGAACCUCCAGACUGGGAAUCCAAAGGGCCAUUGGUGGAGACAUUCAAGAGGGGCUCCUGCACUGAAGGGCUCCCUUACUGUGAGAAGCCCUGUGAGGAACCCCCCAGCCUGAACCUCCUCCUGAGAAACCCAGGCUAAGUCACUCUCAGAGGAACCCACAGGCUGAGAGACCCUCAGAGGGACCUGCAGGUUGAAGCCCUUCAGAGGAACUCUCAGAAUGAGUCACUGUAGGAAGGUCCUCUCCGUUGAGACACAGAGGGCCCCGGGUUGAGAAGGUGACAUGAGGAGGGACGUAGUGGGGUGUGCUCUGAUCUCAGCAUUUAGGAAAGGAUCCCGGGAACUUUGGCUCUGGGCCACACCACAUCCUUGCCCUGACUCAUGCCUACUGCUCUGCACUUCUUCCUACCCCCUCCCCGUGACUUCAGGUUCUAGGUGUCUGGGCCUGGGCAGGCUGCCCUUCUCUGGCUUCUUCCUCCUGAUCCAAGUUCUCUACAUUCAUCUCUCUGCCUCCAGGACUGGUAAAGGCUGGGCUCCGGGAUCCAGGCAGGCUUCAGUGUCAGUAUGCAAGCCGGGCCUGGCUGGGAGAAGCAUGUGUGUGUGUGUGCGUGAGAGAGAGAGAGAGAGAGAGACACACACAUGGAGGGUACAGAGGCUCCUGCUUCUCCUUUCCUGGUCACAGAUUCAGACCCCCUCUCCUUCCCUGCCCUACAGUUCCCCAGGGCUCUUCCACUUCCUAGGGUGACCCCAUGCGGUCUCCAAGUCCUCCCUGUCUCCCCAACCUUCUCGCCUCUCUUUCUCUGUGACUCUGCAUGCUGAUCUGAGGCCAGGGGUUUCCCAGCCUCAGCCCUCUGUGGCUCCCUCCUCGUGGCAGGGUCAGGGUAGGCUCUGGAACUCUGGCCAGUGGAGGGUGGGGCCCAUAAAGCUGGCUUAUAGCCCAGGCUGCUGCAAUAGCAGGGGUGGCUUAGGCCCAGCCCCCUGCCUUCCCUCCCUUCCCCCAGGUAUAAGAGCUGAGCUCAGGUGAGCUAGCUCCUCCUGUCUUGUCUCAGCGGCUGCCAGCAGGCAGAUCAUGAGCCAUCAGCUCCUCUGGGGCCAGCUAUAGGACAACAGAACUCUCACCAAAGGACCAGACACAGUGGGCACCAUGGGACAGUGUCGGUCAGCCAACGCAGAGGAUGCUCAGGAAUUCAGUGAUGUGGAGAGGGCCAUUGAGACCCUCAUCAAGAACUUCCAUCAGUACUCCGUGGAGGGUGGAAAGGAGACGCUGACCCCCUCUGAGCUACAGGACCUGGUCACCCAGCAGCUGCCCCACCUCAUGCCGAGCCACUGUGGCCUGGAAGAGAAAAUUGCCAACCUGGGCAGCUGCAAUGACUCUAAACUGGAGUUCGGGAGUUUCUGGGAGCUGAUUGGAGAAGCGGCCAAGAGUGUGAAGCUGGAGAGGCCUGUCCGGGGGCGCUGAGAACUCCCUCUGGAAUUCUUGGGGGGUGUUGGGGAGAGACUGUGGGCCUGGAAAUAAAACUCUCCUCUACCACCACCCUGUACCCUAGCCUACACCUCUCCUCAUCUCUGCAAAGUUCAGCUUCCUAAUGGCCUUCUCCAGGGUCUCUGUGCACUCUAUCUUGGAUGCUCUGUGGAGCUCGUGGGUGCAGGAGUCUCCACCAGAGGGAGGCUCAGGGGACUGUUUGGGCCAGGGAUGAAUAUUUGAGGGAUAAAAAUUGUGUAAGAGCCAAAGAAUUGGUAGUAGGGGGAGAACAGAGAGGAGCUGGGCUAUGGGAAAUGAUUUGAAUAAUGGAGCUGGGAAUAUGGCUAGAUAUCUGGUACUAAAAAAGGGUCUUUAAGAACCUACUUCCUAAUCUCUUCCCCAACCCAAACCAUAGCUGUCUGUCCCGCGCUCUCUUCCUGCCUCCAGCUCUGCCCCAGUCUCCUCCUAGACUCUGUCCCUGGGCUAGGGCAGGGGAGGAGGGAGAGCAGGGCUGGGGGAGAGGCUGAGGAGGGUGUGACAUUCGGGGAGAGGACCAGCUGGGUGCUUGGGCAUUGACAGAAUGAUGGUUGUUUUGUAUCAUUUGAUUAAUUAAAAAAAUGAAAAAAGUGAAA